AUGAAUACUAGUAAAUCAAAGUCCAAUAAGGGUUCACGUAUGUCUACAAGAGAUUCUUACACUGAGCAGGACAUUAGAAAGGCAAUUGAAGAAGUAAAAAGUGGUGAAAGAACUGCUUCAGAGGCAUCCAAGUUGUACAAUAUCCCGCGCACCACAUUGAGGGACAAAAUAAGUGGUAAAGCGCCUGUUGUAAAAAAGAUGGGCCCACAAACUUACCUCACUGAAGCAGAAGAAAAUGUUUUGGUGAAUUUUAUUGUUAGCGCACAGAAACGUGCCCACCCUGUUACGAAAGAAACCAUUAUGUCAUUGGUAACUAGUCUUCUUUCGGAUGAAAGUUUACUUAUGGAAGUAAAUAGAGACCGUCCCUUUCAAUUUGGAAGAUCAGGGACUCGACAGCCAGGGAAUAAAUGGUAUAAGCUAUUCCUGUCGAGGCAUCCUAACAUAGUUGCUCGCAUGACUGAAUCAUUAAGUGCGAAUAGAAGAAAUGUCUCACAAGCUGUCAUACAACAAUGGUUUGCUGAUAUAAGAUCGUACCUCUCUGAACAUGACCUUCUUGAAAUCCUUCAGGAACCCCAGCGUAACUAUAACAUCGACGAGUCGGGGUUCCAGUUUUCACCCAAGGUUUCCAAAGUUUUAGCUGCUAAGGGUUCUAAAAAUGUACCGUAUGCGACAUCUUCAAAAGAAAAGGAAAGAAUCACUGUUCUAGGUACAUUUUCAUUUUAUUCUUUGCUCAUUUUUAUGUUAUUUCUGUAAUGCUUUUCUUUUAAUGCUGCACUAUAAAUUGCUUUUUUUUCAACAUAUCUCUGAGCAUGAUAGCUUAGCAUGAUACUAGCUUGGCCUGCUUGCUAACUUUUGGUUUUUUUUGCACUUUUCUUUGCAGCUAACGUUGGUGCCAAUGGCUCUCUCCCUCCACCGCUUAUAAUUUAUCCUAACCUUCGUAUUCCUAUGAAUGUAUACGAAGCCAUUCCAUCCAGUUUAUUUGCAAUCGGAAAGAGUGAAU